AUGGUCUUCCAGGUGCGAGGCACGCCGAUUGGCGCCCUCACCCUCUUCAUCGCCAUGCUCGCCUCCAUGGGUGGCUUCCUCUUCGGCUGGGACACGGGUCAGAUUUCCGGUCUUACCCAGAUGGCCGACUUCCGUCAGCGCUUCGCCACCGUCGACAACCCCGAUGCGAUCGGCGGCAAGGACUGGAACCCGUGGCUCGAAGGCGUCGUCGUCUCGCUCCUCAGCGUGGGAACGGCCAUCGGUGUCAUGAUUGGCGCCCCUCUGGCUGACUCGCUCGGUCGACGAUGGGCCAUGGUCGUCGAGUGCAUCAUCUUCGACAUUGGUGUCAUCAUCCAGGUCACCUCUUUCACCGCCUGGUACCAGGUGGCCAUCGGUAGGCUCGUCACUGGUCUCGGCGUCGGCGCACUGUCGGCCGCCGUGCCCCUCUACCAGUCCGAGACUGUGCCGCGACAGGUGCGAGGUGCCCUCGUCGGUACCUACCAGCUUUUCAUCACCCUCGGCAUUCUGCUGGCCUACUGCACCAACAUCGGCACCCGCAACUACGGCAACUCGGGCGAGUGGCGCGUGCCCAUCGCCCUCGGCAUCUUCUUCUCCACCAUCCUCGCCGUCGGCAUUCUCUUCUGCCCCGAGUCGCCCCGUUGGCUCGCUGCCCGAGGCCGCAACGAAGAGGCCUACAAGUCGUGCGCGGCAGUGCGAGGCGCCAAGUACGGCGACGGCAACCCCUGGGUCGAGGCCGAGUACCGCGAGAUCAUCGCCGUGGUCAAGGCCGACGAGCGAAUGGAGGAGGCCGGCUGGAUCGACUGCUUCAAGCCUCGAAACAAGACGCUCUACCGAACCCUGCUCGGCAUGACGCUGCAGGCCGGCCAGCAGUUCACCGGUGCCAACUACUUCUUCUACUUUGGCACUGCCAUCUUCACCUCGGUCGGCCUGAGCGACUCGUUCGUCACUCAGAUCAUCCUUGGCGCCGUCAACUUUGCCUGCACGUUCCUCGGUCUCUACAUCCUCGAGCGCUUCGGUCGACGCUGGCCUCUGAUCUACGGCGCUGCUUGGCAGUCGUUCUGGCUCUUCGUCUUUGCCAUCGCCGGUGUUGUCGGUGGUCCCCAGCCCGACCAGAUCUCCAAGGGCGUGGGCAACCUGCUCAUCGUCUCUGCGUGCCUCUUCAUUCUCGGAUACGCCUCCACCUGGGCUCCCGGUAUCUGGGUCUGGAUCGGCGAGAGUUUCAGCUACCGCACCCGUGCCAAGCAGGCGUCGCUCGCCACCCUCGCCAACUGGGUCUCGAACUUCCUCAUCUCGUACUUUAGCUCGCCCAUCGCCACCGAGAUCAACUUUGCCUACGGCUUUGUCUUCGCCGGAUGCAACUUGGCCAACACGCUCGUCGCCUACUUCUUCGUCUACGAGUCGGCCGACCUCACCCUCGAGGACGUCGAUGCCAUGUACAACGACCCCAACUGCAAGGCGUGGCACUCGACAAAGUGGGUGCCGGCCGGCUACACGUCGCGCGACCAGAUCAAGGAGAAGGACAGCGGCCAGGCAAGCGAGGUGGGCGAGUGGAGCAACUCGCCCUCGGCGCUGCCCGGCGAGCAGGAGAAGAAUAAGGCCAAUCCUCUUCAGGUCGCCUGA